GCUUAACCGUAUCACCGUGGCAACUGGCAAAGGUGGGCCGUGCAACGGCGGCAACGACCUUUAAAGCCAGUGUCCCGUCCGCAUUCACUGCGAGCAGCGGUGCGUGCUGUUGGCGCCGAGCACACCUACGCCGUAAUUCACCACCACUUCAACGGAGCCUUUAAAGCCCGCAAAAGGCUCGCCGCGAGCAAGCAAACCCCGUACCCACGUACUCGCCCCUCCAUCCCUUUCCACACCGCUCUCUCCACCUCUCUCUCAUGGCGAGGCGGUCGGUGCAUCGGAGGCAGGAGUUCAGCUUCGCGGGGGACUCGCCGACGCCGUCGCCGUCGCGGGGCGCGCUGCCUCCCCGGCCGCCGGUGGCGGCGACGGCGAACCCGAUGGCGCCGCGCGCGGGGGAGGAGGACUUCCGCUGGCUGCAGGCGUCGGGGCAAGGCUCGCCCGAGUCCGGCUCCGGCUCCGGCACGCCGUCGCCGCAGCUCUGGGCGCACCGCGAGCAGGACCACCACCACGACCGGCUCUACCCGGCCUCCGCCGGGAGCUCCCCGUCGCGCGCGCAGGCCAUCGCCGGCUACCGCCGCGAGAUGCUCGACCUCGUCCGCGGCCUCCCCGAGGCCGCCUACGAGCUCUCUCUCCGCGACAUCGUCGAGUCCCGGCCAUCCCCGCUCCCUCCUCCUCCACCACCACCACCGCCACCCCCGACCCAACCGUACGCCGUCGCUAUGCAAGAACGAGGAGGCGGCGAGCCCAAGAAGGACGUCCCUGCGGCAGCCAUAGACAACGACGAGGCCAAGAAACCGAGCGACAGCGGUGGCAAGAAACAGGGGAAGGCAAGAAAGCAGAGGACGAUGGGGAGGACGCGAAGCCGGAGCAUGGAGCGCAGCGUGAGCCUGGACACCGGCCUGCUCAUCAAGCUCUUCCUGCCGCUCUCCGGCGGCCGGAAGAAGAAGGUGUCGCCCAAGCCCGCCGCGGUCGCCCCCGCCAAGGACGGCAGGAAGAAGACCAAGACGAAGAAGAAGAAGAAGCAGGGGAAGAAGGAGGAGGAGGAGGAGUGGUGGAAGAAGAGCGAGUUCAGCCAGGCGGGCAGCAGCAGCGGCAGCAGCAACAGCAGCGCCAGCAGGAACAGUGGAAUUGGAAUUGGAAAUGGAAAUGGCGGCAGCGAUCCAAAAGCUCCGACCAGGAGUAGGAGCAGAAAGAGAAUCGGGUGCUAUGGUUUCUUCGGGGCAAACAAGGGCAAAAAUGGGGUCAUCCAGGAAUAAAACUAGGCAAUUGCCAAGACCACGCGAUCAGCUAAUAUGAACACCGGCAUGGCGAUCCUAACGACAAUCGCUGCACACCUGCUCAUGCAUGCACAGAAAUGGAGCUCAUGGAAUGGAAGCAAAAGGACUCGACGUGCAUGCCUAUAAACUGGUGCAAGAUCAUGAUGUGACCACUGCCCGUGCACAGGACAGGUGGAUACAUCUUGCCCAUGGAGAGGGCAGAUGAGAUCCAACAAUGGUAGCACUGAAGUCUUGACUUUGUCACAUGUGUUGUGCUUCUUUCUCUUUAUUUUGGAGGAAUAUAUGUUGUAUUCUCUCAGACAGUCACAUCUCUAGCUUGUACUAUCCCUUGUUUGUACAUGUUUUUAUACAGUCCUUUUUUUGUUUUUUGUCUGUAGUAGUCAAACAGAAACAAACGAUUCACAGAUAAGUGUGGAGGAUGAUGAUGCUCCAUGGCACUUGUUUAGUUUUCUUCUC